CCGCCGCGUACUGUCAGUUCGCGUCCGUCUGCUGUCGCUGCGUCCUCGUCCCAGCUUCGUCCGCAGUGCCGGGAUCGCGCGAUCGAACCAUCAGGACGACGAGCAACGUCACCGUCGGUGUCCCGAGUCGCUCGCGUCGAGAUCUAUAGAUCCGCCGGGACGUUCUCGUGACCCAGGUGGUCUCGAGGUAGAUUUGAUUCGGCCGGGACUCUCUCGCUCUUCCCCUCCGGGAUCUCGGAGAAUUCGCGGGACGAAGUCGCGGGGAAAGAAACUCGCGAGAAAGAGCGAGAGACGGCGAGCUGGUGCACGCACGAAAAGCAUGAGGCAGCUCCGGUAAAUCCCGCUGACCUUAGACCUCGGACUCGCCGACGAGUCAACCGGGGAACACGCUCGAGGAGCGACGUUUUUUCUUCCACGCAGGAUCACUGAACAUUUCCUCGGGGAGUUUGAAAGACCCUUCGUCCUUCGUAUCUUCAACUCACGCGCGCGCGGAGAAGCAGAUCGGAAGUGCGAUCUCCGGUGCGAUUUGUAAACAGAACUCGCGAGGUCCUGUCGAACGGAAGGGACCGUCGCAGCCGCUCCACGUCGCGCGGAUUUUUCGCCACGUGGCGGUGGAGUUUCCGGACUUUCUCCGAAUUUCCGCGUGCCGUCGUGAGUUUAUGGCUUCUAAAAGGGUAACCAUCCCAGCUUCGUCCCGCGCUGUACCCGUAGAGUUCGGAAGAAGACCGUCCGAGUUGCAGUGUGAGGUUGAUGAAGAGUGACGGACCGAAUUGGUGUUUCGCGCGAAUCCUCGUCGAUUUGUCGUGCAGAACUCUCUCUCCGCGGAGUCCUCGCUUCGUUGGAUCCUCCCGAUCCUCUCGACGAGUGCUCCCUUAGAAUCCCGUUCGGAUCCCCCGUCGAAGUAGGGAGCAACCUUCGCUCCGGGACCUUUAAGAUGAAGAGGCGUGACAUUUAAAAGGGGCUUCUGGUUAUCCCGCUCUCCUGCGCUGCCAACCGCACCGACGAGCGCCGUCUGAAUAGUCCCGAGUACAAUAAGGACGGCAUAGGAGUGGAAUUAUCAGGAAGCAAUAAGACCUUGAAGUUGAUCGAUCUGCGGGCCGAUAGUUUUGAAGAAUCGGCGAAUUGAAUCCAGACGCUGCUCCCCUAUCUCUGCCUCUCUUUCGCUUUCUCUCUCUCUCUCUCUCUCCCUCUUUUUCGGAGAGAAGAGUAGAUGGAUCUAUUUUGAUAUCUGACAGAAUCGUCCUCUCUGCUCCAGCGAUUUCGGAUCGAGGUUUGCGGCCGAUCGAUCGAUCUCGGUGGCGAGUGCGUGUGGAUCGUGCAUGUCCGAAGUCGGCGAUUCGCAGAUAACGGCGAUGAAGAUGAGCAAAGUGGGUAAUCAGACCAAUUCGCAGGACCCACAGGCGGUGAACUCACGCGUCUUCGUCGGGAACCUGAACACGUUUCAGUGCAGCAAGACCGAUGUCGAGCGAAUGUUCCAGCGUUAUGGCCGCCUUGCUGGUAUUUCCAUGCACAAGGGUUACGCGUUCGUGCAGUUCACCAAUCCCUUCGACGCGCGCAGUGCGUGCCUCGGCGAAGACGGCCGCACCGUACUCAGCCAGAUUCUCGAUGUGAACAUGGUGGCCGAGCCAAAGCCUCACCAGACUGGACGUAAGCGGCAAAAUGUCACCAAGACCGGCAACGACUGGGACUACUACUAUGACAGUUACUACGCGUCGACCGCAUUUCCACCACGCUUGGCGCCGCCAUUGAAGCGACCGCGCCUGAUGCCACCGACACGAGCGCAGCAUCCGAAGCUGCAGAAACAGCAACCGACGGCGAACACCAGCACAGUGCCCGACUUGAAUCAACUUAAAGUAUACAGCAAUCCGGACAUACUGAUCUGCGGCAACUGCAGGGAGAUGUUCACGGAACUCGGGGAGCUGUUGGAGCACAAGCGCAACUAUUGCAAGUUGCGGUUCACAUGUAAAUGUCACACCUUCAACGGAGCCGCCCCAAGAGACUCGACGACGUCGCUGCUCUGCGUCCUCUGCAAGCUUUCCUUCCUGAGCGCUUGGGAGCUGAUGGUCCACGCACAGGCGGCCCACAUGAUCAACAUCUACGAGCUGGGCACAAGAACGGCGAGCCCGGCGCGAAGUCCUAGCCUCGACCAGCCGAAGGAGUCGUCGCCUUCCCCGCAAGAUUUCCAGGAAAUCAAGGCUACGGACUGCGAGGAGCGCGCGGAGGAAGAGGAGCUUGAUGGACACGAGUUAAUACCGUCCCCUGACAGUGGCAAGUCAACGGACAACGAAGCGGCUCUGUCGCCGAUCAAGAUUCGAUCCGACGUCAACGGCUUGGAUCACGAGGACUGCGACGAAUUGAUCCACGUAGAGAACACCACGCAGGCGUGCAUCAUGCAUGCUCUCAGUAUUGAUUCGUCCUUAGAACUGAAUUCUGACACGAGCUCGAGAGUAACUUCCGGAACAGUAAUGGCCUUGACCAAUGGAUCAUUAUCAGCGAAGGAAUAAACGAGAGAGGAAGAGAAAAGGAGUGAAAGAAGAGAGGAAAGAAAUAAUUAAAAGAGAAGAAAAAUAGAAUAUUCAUCGGAACGGUCUUCCCCGGCCAACCAACGAGACAUAUCGAUCUCCUUUAAGGAUAACGCACCCGUUUGUAUAUAGCUUAAUUGCCUAACAAAUUAUUCAGGAUCGCUAGAUCCAGUGAUCUAUGCCGGCUAGUCGAGUAUCGAUCAUCUUCCCGAAACAAAAAAGAUAUCGAUUCCGUUGUGGACUUUUUACACGCUCUUGCAGAAUUUUAUUAAGAGAAUAAGUCAAUUUAAUUAAAAUGAAACCAGAAUAAUCUCAAAAGUCGUGUUGGAUUUGGCCCAUUUAAUUAUUUCAAUUUCAUUCUAAACGUUCGUUCUACUAAAAAGAUACUUUUGAUUUCACUCUUAUGUCGAUUGAAAUUGCUGAUAAAUAAUAAUCGAAUAGUAAUAAAUAAAAAGAUUUUAAAAAUGUAAGAAUUUUUUGGAGCUCUUUGGUAUUUAAGCGAGCUUGAUUUCGAGAAAAUUCACACGUACUAUCUUCAACACACAUCCGCAGAUUUAUAAAGCUUUACAAUGUCGCCCAGUAAUUUCCAUUUGUUCCUCUUGAAAUACACCGUUAAUACGUAAGAGCUUUAAAUUUUGUAACUCUUGAAUUUCUAGAUUUUAAAAUACCGUUUGUCUAGUUCCUAGGUACUUUCCGAUAUUUCCGAUAUCGCGAGAUUCUCAAUUCUUGGAAUUGUAUAUUUAUAUGAAUUCGCAUAUCUUCGAUUUUGAGCAUAUUAAAAUUACAAACGCUUAUUUUGUCGUCUCGAUCGCGAAGUGUCGAAGAUGAGGGUAUUCGAGGACAUAAUAUUAGCCAAAUGGAAUCAUCGAUGGGUAUAAUGCUUCGAAGUGUCAGGAAUUAUUUAUUUACCAGUCAUUACCUUAAGUGGCCACCGAUUGAUUUCCUUCGACGAUCAUUUUUUAUAACAUCGAUAAUACCGGUAAAUAAAUAAUCCUUGAAUGUUGGCGAAAUCGUUUGUUAUAAGAAAAAGGAAAAGAUACGUCUUAUACAACUUCCUUUCGUAGCAGUCGCACAUGCGUGUGUGUAGAUUAAGUAUAGAGAUUAAGUCACUUUAAUUAUUUAUAAAUGAACAUAUCUCCCGAUACCAAACAAUGCUGUCGGUGGCGGUCCAGCAAGUAAUCUCUCUAACGCGGAUUUGAACAACGAGAAAUCCCAAGCUUGCCGCUAUCGUCGUGCUGUGCAGAUUUCUUUCGUCACUUCUCCCGAUACCUCACCAUUCGCGCAACGUCGUGUAGGCGACGCGCGUGUAUCUAUCAAAAAUCAAAGUCGAUCAUAUGCGUAUGAGCGCGUCGAAUAAAUUAUCAAACGGCCGACCCGCGCUUUAUCCUCGGUUAGUUCACUCUUGCGCUCGAUGUCUCGCUGGUGGUUCGCCAUCGACAGCGCCUGUAGCAUAUGCAUAUCAAAGAUCUAGACGUCUCAUUUCUUGAUACAGCCCGUACCAUUCGUAAAUGCAUCACGAUUGCGAGGAAAAGAUAAAGAAUGAAAGAAAGAAAGAUAGAGGACGCCAUCUUUACGACAGCCGGAAAGAAAUGGAAAUAUCAGUCGAGCUUUCACUCGAGGCCUGACGCGCUUCUCUUCCUGCGUUUUUCUCUCUGUAAAACGAACAGAACGAUAUUUAUUAUGUCACGACUAGAUGAUAGCGACGAGAGUUAUUUGUUUAUAGCCCCAUAUAUAAACAAUGUUUUAUGGAUCAUUAAUAUCUGAAUAAAAUAUAUUACGUCUUUUAAAAAAGAA